CAUGCGGAUACGUUUCUAACGAAAGUUAGAGAUGUCAUGAAUCCAUUGCUUAAUGAAGAUUUUGCUUUGACUUUCAGUGAAGAUGAAAGAGAGAAAGGUUUGGGUUUUGAUUUUUUAACCCUGAGAGCUGAAGUACUUGACCUAGAGAGAGACUUAUGUAAACUUGCCCGGGUCCAGUACGAAAGAUUCCAUCUAGAGGUUUGUUUAAAAGACAAAGUUAUACCUAGAGGGCUGAGAAUUCUUAAAAUGCCGGCCCAGGUUGAAUGUGAUGAUGAAUUAUUAAGUGAAUGGCAGAGACUGAACUUAACUGCUAGUCUGGGCUACUUGAAGCUUCUAUGUACAGCAGCACAGAGACGUGAAUUGAUUUUAUCUGAUGUUAUCAAAGAAAAGUACUCUAAGUUGUGUGGCAAAUAUAAUGGGGAAUUGUUUCACAAGGUAAUAAAUGAUUCCACAGACAAUGUACUUGCAUACAAGCGUAAGCUUUUACAGACUAAAAUGCAGAAGCUUCAGAGAGACAGGAAAGAUUUUUCAGCCGGUCAUAUUUUCUCUUGGCCACGAGAGGCCGCUGUUGUGCAAGGUAAUAUGUUUAUGACUGAUGUAGUAUCACAGAAUGUUCCUUUGAAAGCAGUUAAUAACAAUGUUAACAACAGCAGUUUGUGUAGAGAUCAUGUUGGUAAUAGAGGGGGAGAUAAUAGUGGGCCUAAGAGUACUUCCAUAUCCAACAACACGGUUUCUUCACCUAAUGAGGUUUUUUCUAUAAGUUCCAAUGCAGCAGGAACUAAACAGAAAACUUUGCAGAUAACUGCUCAAGUACACAGAGCUGAUUCACAGUCAUUAGAAGAAAAUGAAGUAAAAAAAGCAAACUCCACCAAAGAAAAUGUUUGUUUUGGCCUAAAUUUUCCUUUGCCUGUGAGGGACAAUUCGACAACUCGGCAAGGGACAUAUGUGGGUCGAGAACAGCACAUGGGCAGAGGAAGGAGUACAACUCGUUACAAAAGGAAACUGCAGGAAGACACAAACAGUCUGCAGAAUGUGAAGAAAACCUUCUAGAAAAUUUGCCCUACAUUCUUGCUCAAAGAAAUUGAAGACACCAGCUAUAGAACUCCUGAAAAGAGAAGACCUUCCCUGAAGAUUGAAAGAAUCUACUCCUAAAAUCCCAGGUAAUCACUUGGGCCUGCUGCUG